CGACGGCUUGGAGGAACACACCAGGUCGGCGUUCACGGCCUGUUACUUUCUGCACGUGGGUUGCUCUCCGUCUUCCGCCUGCAAUUCGUAUUUGUUUGCCUGGACCAGCUACAUUGAAGAGUGGAGUAUCAGCGGAGGCCAAGGUUCGUAAGCUGAUGGAUUUUGAUGCUGAAAAUGAAGCGACGUCGGGAGGUGGUCUCCAGCGAGGAGCUGAGGGGGCGCGGCUGGGGCUCGAGUCCCGUCGGGAGGGAGUCAGGGGCAAAGCAGAAACAGAGGAGGCCGGCAGUGGAGAGGCGGGGAAUGGACUGACGGGAAUGGAGAAGAUAGGGGAUAGAGAAGAAAGUGGACAAAGGGCAGAGAAAAUGCGAGUGGAUAUAACAGUUGUGAAGCAUGAAGUAACGGACUGGUCGGAAAUGGAAGAAGGUAUGUUGGGUGGCCAGUGGGUAAAGCAGGAGGUGAAGGAUGAGCCUGAGGUGAAGGAGGAGAAACCAGACAUGCUGGAGGUGAAGCAGGAGGUGGAUAGUAGUUUGGUGGUAAAAGAAGAGAAAGUGGAUGAGCCAGAGGUAAAGGAAGAGAAAGUGAAGGUGAAGGAAGAGGUAAUGGACUGGCCAGAAGAAAAGGAGGAGAGAAAAGAUAACUUGGAGAUAAAACAAGAGAUGUUUUUUGGUCAGAACGUAAAAGAGGAAAUGAUGGAAGAAACGUGUGUUAAAGAAGAAAAGUAUUUCGCGAAGGAAGAAAUGUUGGAUGAUACAAAGGUGAAAGAAGAGCCUCAGAUAAAUUCCCCUGUGGGCUCGAAGCGGAAACUGGCUAUGUCAAGGUGUGAAACUUGUGGUACAGAAGAAGCCAAGUACAGAUGUCCACGCUGUAUGCGCUAUUCCUGCAGCUUGCCCUGUGUAAAGAAACACAAAGUAGAACUAACAUGUAAUGGAGUUCGAGAUAAAACUGCAUAUGUUUCUAUACAACAAUUUACUGAAAUGAAUCUACUAAGUGAUUAUCGAUUUUUGGAAGAUGUGGCAAGAACAGCAGACCAUAUUUCCAGAGAUGGUUUAUUGAAAAGACCAUUAAGCAAUAAACAUAUGUACUUUAUGAAAAACCGUGCCCGAAGGCAAGGUAUUAACUUAAAACUUCUACCCAAUGGAUUCACCAAGAGGAAAGAAAAUUCAACAUUUUUCGAUAAGAAAAAGCAACAGUUUUGUUGGCAUGUGAAGCUUCAGUUUCCUCAGAGUCAAGCUGUGUACAUAGAAAAAAGAGUACCAGAAGAUAAAACUAUUAAUGAAAUUUUAAGACCAUACAUUGACCCAGAAAAGUCUGAUCCUGUAAUUCGUCAAAGGUUGAAAGCCUACAUUCGCUCUCAGACUGGGGUCCAAAUUUUAAUGAAGGUUGAAAAUAUGCAACAAAAUUUAGUAAGGUAUUAUGAGCUGGAUCCUCACAAAAGCCUCCUUGACAAUUUGAGGAACAAAGUGAUCAUUGAGUACCCAACACUACAUGUGGUAUUAAAAGAAUCCAGUAGUGACAUGCAAGUUCUUUACCAAGUGAAAAAUGAAUCUACCAAGAACAUUGGCAAUGAAAAUUGAGCCCUUCUGGAGGAAGGAAAUGCCCAGAUUGCAGAGGACUAUGCAUUGAGUAGCUGUUGGGUGAUUGGGGUAUUGUUUAUGGGUGGGUGCAAUUUUUUGUUUUUCUGAAAAGUAAUUAAACAGUCUAAAAAAAAUUUUUAAGAUGUAUUUUCUAACCUCUUGAAUUGACUUACAAGGUCCUUAUUCCUAUUAGCAACCCCUCUUUUGCACCUGAUUGGCAUAGUGCUUAAUUAAUCCCUGCCUUUUAGUGUACUGAAUUGUAUGAGAUGAAAACUUUUCUCUUUUGAUGUAAAACCAAACCCAAGGUCACAAAGAUGUCAAAAGGCCCUGUGACACACCACCUAGCCCUCAGUUCCCCAUUCUUGCCUUGGUGAUUUAUGUGUAACUUACCUUCUUGAAAUGA